AUGUACGACGCCUUCACAAGGUACGGAGAGACCUUACGUGAGGAGGAUAGGAAGGCUGUGGAUGGGGCGCGAAGAAUGAUUCUGAAGGUUGUCAAUUCCCUGGGGGCAAAGAUGGAAAUAGGUGCGCCCAUGGCUGCAAUGUACCUUCAAGACAAUCCUGACCGUUACUGUAGCCACGUUUUCGUAACAUUCUACUGGAAGAAUUUUGUGAACUUCGUACUUCGAGAGUGGGAACGGCUGCUAGGAUCGACGGAAUUGCGGAGUGCGGAAGACACCAAGUGGUACUCGGAGAGCGUCGAGGUCGGGGAGGAACUUAACGAUGAGGAGGGACUCGAUGUGCUCAGCGACGACGAAGGAGACGACGACAACGUUCGAUUGGCCCGUAACGGGAGGUACUUCGUAAGUCGCUCCAAAGUGGAGGAUUACCAGCUACGACCGCUUCAGUUUGAGGAGGUUUGCCUGUACGAAUGGGUGCAAUGUGCCGUGAGGGACGGGUCUGAUAAUGCACACUCUAACCUCCGCUUCUUCCGGUACCUUCCCGGGCACCCUAUGGCAGACAGUCAUAAAAUUGCAUGCGAUCCAAGUAGGAGAUCCUACGUUGUUCCUAACUUUCUCGGUCCUCCCCUACCGAGGCCUGAUGAAGGUGACCAAGAGGAAUACUAUUGCACAAUGCUGACUCUAUUCAAGCCUUGGAGAACAGGGAUUGAGUUACGACGAGCGGAUCAAAGUUGGGCGGAAAGUUUCCAUGCUCACCCCUUCACCAAAAGACAGAAAGACAUUAUAAAAUAUAUGAAUGUUCGUUAUGAGUGCUAUGACGCUAGAGACGAUUUCCAGACGCAGAGAAUGACAGAACAAAGCCGUCAAGAAACGGAGGAAGACGAACUUGGUCUUUGUGAUGACGACGACAUGGAUAUGGAUCCACAACAUGGAGAGGAUGAUGAAUCUUACUGGAGAGAUAAAAUGAUCAUGAAUACGUGGGCUGUGGGUCAGGAAAACUUUGUCAAGGAAGCCGAAGAGGUACUCGUUCAGGCGGGAUGGGGUUUGGGUAUCAAAUUAAAUGACGCUGACUACGACGUCAUAAAGAAGUCAACAGACUCCAGGGCGAUCACAUGCAAUCCCGGAAUGACAUCCUCCUACUGGAGUGACGUUGUAAAGAAGGAGAAGGCGAGAGUGUGGAAAGAGAGGUUCGUGAGGCUUAACGGACAAUCUGGACCCGACGAAGACGGUGAUGGAGAUUUCAGCGUUGGUGUUAGCGAUGGGGUUCGCGUCUUAUACGGCGAUUACUUGUCGAAGACAUACGUGCCGCGCAAUAGACGCUGGGCGGAUGUAAUGAGCGAGUUGGAACUGAAGUACACCCUUAACGUCGAACAGCGGCGCAGCUUCAGAAUUAUCGCAAAUCACGCGUGUACUAUAUCACCUGAGCCUUUGUUGAAGUUCUUAGGCGGAAUGGCAGGCGCAGGGAAAACUCAGGUUCUGCGAGCGCUUAUCGAAUUCUUCGCAGAGAGAGAAGAACCGUAUAGGCUGGUUUUAUUGGGGCCUACAGGAACAUCAUCCGCACUGAUUGGAGGGACUACCUAUCAUUCUUUCCUUUCUAUUUUCUCGGGAAAAUGGGGUUCAGGGAGGGCUGAACUCCAGUCUGUUGAAGAGGUUAGGGAAAGUGUCGCGAAGAGCGAACACUAA